AUGUAUCGGGGAAGCCAGACUGUGGGUACAUGUGUGGAAAAUCCCACUAUAAAUGCCGAGGAUAUUGGAGCAGACCGUGAAAUGAUGGAUGAUGUAUUUGACACUACGUACCGCGAGAAGAAAGGUCCCAGACCUCCUAUGAAAAUAGUGUGGAGAAAUGUCAUAUUGAUGUCUUUAUUACAUAUGUCGGCAGUAUAUGGAGUCAUUCUUAUACCAUUAGCAAAGCCCGCUACCUUGGUUUGGGCUGUAUUGUGCUUUAUGUUGAGUGCCCUUGGAGUGACUGCUGGUGCUCACCGCCUCUGGAGUCACAGAUCCUACAAAGCCAGACUUCCCCUGAGGAUGCUUCUGGCAGUUUCAAAUACUAUGGCAUUUCAGAAUGACAUAUAUGAAUGGGCACGAGACCACCGGGCACAUCACAAAUACUCUGAAACAAAUGCAGACCCUCAUAAUGCAAUGAGAGGCUUCUUUUUUGCCCAUAUUGGUUGGCUUCUUAUGCGAAAACACCCAGAUGUUAUAGAAAAGGGAAAAAAGCUUGAUUUAAGUGACCUCCAUGCAGACACAGUGGUGAUGUUUCAGAGAAGGCAUUACAAGAAACUCAUUCUACUGAUGUGCUUUGUGGUUCCCACUGUGGUCCCUUGGUAUUUCUGGGGUGAAUCUUUUUACAUUUCAUUAUACGUACCCUGUCUAUUGCGCUAUGCUUUGGUGCUUAAUGCGACAUGGCUUGUGAACAGUGCAGCUCAUAUGUAUGGAAACCGACCAUAUGACAAGAACAUCAACCCAAGGGAGAAUAAACUUGUUGCUAUAGGAGCAAUUGGUGAAGGCUUUCAUAAUUAUCAUCACACAUUCCCUUAUGACUAUUCUAGCAGUGAGUUUGGAAUCAAAUACAAUCUCACUACAUGCUUUAUAGAUCUAAUGUGCUACUUGGGCCUUGCCAGUGACCGCAAGAGAGUCUCCAAAGAUACUAUCAAAGCUCGACAGCAGCGUACUGGGGAUGGAAGCCAUAGGAGUGGCUGA